UAGACUUACAUAGUAGGCUAGAAUCAUAUGCCUUGCCUAACCAAUAUUUACUUGAAAGAUGCCAAUUACAGGGCCUUAUAUAAAAACUAGCCAUGAUGAUCCAUUUUCCACGAUCACCAUUCGAAACAAACACUUGAAGUUAUUGUAACUAAUUCACCUCUGCUUUUAUUCUGCAUCAAGGCAAUGGCAGAAGGAGUCCUCUUCAACUUUGCAGAAGGGAUCAUUGACAGGUUGGCCUCCAGUGCAUUCCGAGAGAUGGGAUUGAUUUGGGGUGUCAAAGAUGAGCUCCUGAACCUUCAGGAGACAGUUGACCAAAUCAAAGCUGUUCUUCUUGAUGCAGAGCAAAAGCAAGCGACUCAUGCAGUCAAAUUGUGGCUUCAAAGCCUAGAAGAUGUUGUUUAUGAAGCUGAUGACGUGCUAGAUGAAUUUUAUGCUGAAGCACGGUGGAGACAAAUGAUGCCUGGAAAUAAUCAAGUGUUAAAGCAGGUAUGCAUCUUCUUCUCUAGCUCAAACCAGCUUGCUUUUCGGCUAAAGAUGGGUCAUAAGAUUAAAAGUAUUAAGGAGAGACUUAAUGUGAUUGCAUCUCGUAAAAACUUUCACUUAGAAGUGAGUCGUGAAGAUACACCAUUUAGAAGGGUAACUCAUUCUUUUGCCCCUACGGAAACUAUUAUAGGGAGAAAUGAAGAUAAAAAUGCAAUUAAACAACUCUUGUUUGAUACCAUCUCUGAAGAGAAUGUAUCAAUCAUUUCCAUAGUUGGAUUUGGAGGAUUGGGAAAAACUGCACUUGCCCAACUCUUAUUCAACGAUCUAGAGGUCCAAACUUAUUUUGAGCUGAAAAUGUGGAUAUGUGUGUCAAAUGUAUUUGAGUUGGAGAUACUUGUUAAGAAAAUCAUUCAAUCUGCAACUAAUGACAUAGCCAAAAGCGUUGAGAUUGAUCAGUUGCAAAAAGAACUGAGGAAAAUAAUAGAUAGGAAGAGAUACCUCCUUGUGUUGGACGAUGUAUGGAAUGAUAAUCGUGAAAAAUGGUUUGGCUUGCAAAACUUGUUGAUGGGUGGUGGAAAGGGUAGUAAAAUACUAAUAACUACUCGUAGUGAAAAAGUUGCAAAAAUAACAGACACAUCUAAACCAUAUAACUUAAGGGGUUUAAGUGAAGAGCAGUCUUGGUUUUUGUUUAAGAAAAUGGCAUUCCAAGAUGGAAAAGAGCCAACGAGUUCAACCAUUAAGGCCCUUGGGGAGGAGAUUACUAGAAAAUGUAAAGGGGUUCCGCUUGCUAUAAGGACCAUAGGACGGAUGUUGUACACUAGAGAUCCAGAAACUGAGUGGUCGGCUUUCAAGAAUAACAAGCUUUCAACAAUAAGGCAAGAAGAAAAUGAUAUUUUACCAACACUUCAGCUGAGUUAUGAUGUUCUCCCAUCACAUUUGAAACAUUGUUUUGCUUAUUGUAGUUUGUCCCCGCCUGAUUAUAAGAUUCCCGUAGAGAAUUUAAUUAGGUUGUGGGUGGCACAAGGGUUCGUUAAGUCUUCAGAUCCUAAUGAGUGCUUGGAAGAUGUUGGUUAUGAUUAUUAUAAAGAACUAGCUUGGAGAUCUUUUUUCCAAGAAGAAGAAAAAGAUGAGUUUGGUACAAUAAAAAGCUGUAAAAUGCAUGAUCUCAUGAAUGAACUUGCUGUUAAAGUGGCAGGGGAGGGAAGCACAAUAAUAGAUCGCAAUAAGACUGAUUUUGAAGCAAAACGUCUUCUUCAUGUAUCUUUCGAUUUUGAUGUUGAUUCGUCGGAAUGGAAAAUACCAACAUCCUUGCUGGAAUCAAAUAAGCUAAGGACUUUUCUUUUCCUAAGCCAAAAGGAGUGGGGGAUGCCAUUCCGUAAGUCAUUUUGUGCUACAAUUGCUUCAAAUUUUAAGUCAUUGCGUAUGUUGAGUUUGAAUGAAUUGAGAGUUACGAAAUUGCCAAAAUGUCUUAGGAAAAUGAUACAUUUAAGAUAUCUUGAUCUUAGUGGAAAUCCCAUUAAGAGACUUCCAAAUUGGAUAGUGAAACUUCAAAAUUUGGAAACACUAGAUCUCAAUUAUUGUCAAUUUCUUGUGGAAUUGCCUAGAGAUAUUAAGAAAUUGAUCAACUUGAGGCAUCUCAUUUUGGCAAAUUGUGGCAUCUUGGCUUGGAUUCCUCGUGGAUUGGGUGAAUUGACUCAUCUUCGUACUUUGAAUACAUUUGUUUUGAGUGAAAACAAAUCCAUGUUGAGGGACAGUGCAGGGCUCAGUGAGUUGGAAAAGCUGAAUAAUUUAAGAGGAGAGUUGGAAAUCAAAAAUUUGAGGUGCGAGCAAAAUAUGGUGUCAGAAUUGAAUUAUGAUUGUGCACUUUUGAAGGAGAAACGACAUCUCGAUUCGUUGGCUUUAUCUUGGAUGCACAUUGAAAGAGAAAAUAAUGAUGCGGGGGAGAGUGAUGUAAUUAUAAAGUCAAUGGAAGCGCUGCAGCCCCAUUCAAGUCUAAAAGAGUUAACCCUGAAGUACUAUAUGGGUGCGAGGUUUGCGAGUUGGUUUCAUUCUCUCACAAAUAUUGUUAAUCUCACAUUGUCUCACUGUGACAGAUGCCAACAUCUUCCACCGUUGGAUCAUUUACCUUUUCUUAAGAGUCUUGAUCUUAACGGGUUAAGGAAUUUGGAGCACAUAUCUGCAGAAGACAAGGUCAAGGACUUCGCCGGUGAUGUGAUGAUGAUGUCAGCUGCUUCUCCAUCGACGACCUUCUUUCCCUCCUUAGAGAGUCUUUCUCUACGUGAUUGCCCUAAUCUCAAGGGAUGGUGGAGGAAUGAAACAGCUUCAACUUCAGUUUCUUCAUUUCCUUGUCUUUCUACUUUAUCUAUACGUGAGUGUCCUAACCUGACUUUCAUGCCGCUGUACCCAAAUCUUGAUCAACUGUGGUUAGGGAGAAGCAGCUGGAAGGUCCUUCCCUCCUCCUUUGUUCUCUCCAAAUUAAAAUCUCUGAAGAUUCAAGGUGUUGAUGAUAUGCCAGAAGAAGGGAUUGGAAACCUCACAUUACUUGAGAAGCUUGAAAUUGAAGAUUGUCCUAAUUUGGUAUCACUACCAGAUCAAGGGAUGGGUCGCCUCAUCUCCUUACAGGAACUGAGAAUUCGGUAUUGCCCGAAAUUGGGGUCACUACCAGAUCAAGGGAUGGGUCGUCUCAUCUCCUUACAGAGACUGCAUAUUUUAAAUUGUCCUGAAUUGGCAUCACUACCAGAUCAAGGGAUGGGUCGCCUCAUCUCCUUACAGGACCUGGAAAUUUGGGAUUGCCCGAAAUUGGGGUCACUACCAGAAGGGAUGGGCAACCUCAAAUCACUUCAGUUGCUUUGGAUAUGGGAUUGCCCUAAUUUGGCAUCACUCCCGGAAGGGCUUCGUUGCCUCCUCUCAUUAAAAAGUUUGGUAAUUGGUAGGUGCCCCAUCCUAAAGCAAAGAUGCCAGAAAGAAACAGGGGAGGACUGGUCCAAGAUUGCUCACAUCCCAGACAUAGAAUUGAUUUGAUGUUAUGAAUUUUAAGGGUUGGUUCAGUGGAGAUUGGAUCCCCACUAAAAACUCUUAUGGCUUGAUUGUGAUUGUGCAACAGCAGGUCACCAAAAAUGUGGUAGUGAUUAAAAGAAGAAACUGAUUAGGCAUCCUGACUUUGAUCAUACAAGUGACUCAGUUGUACAUGUGAUGAAUUUAGAUUGAUCUGCCAAGAGUGACGUAAUAAAAAUCCUCAGAUUGAUCUGCCAAAGCGUAUUAAAAAUAUAUGACAAUACAUAUUAUAGUGAAAAAAGAGCAUGGUGCUUACAAACAAAUAGUAUAAUAUUUAUUUUUUAUUUGUUAUUUGUUAUUUGUUACUUCUUAAAUACUCAUAUAUAUAUAACAUAAAAAUAACAAAGUUUAUAGCAGAUUAAAUAUGUAGAAUUGUUCUUUGUAAUCUAUUAUUAAAAAGAAGGCUUUUUCCAACAGUUGCUCUGUUUAUUAAAUUGAAGGACCAAUGUAUUCCUCUCCACUUCUGACCCAAUUUCAAAGCUCCCAUGGCUCUCUCUCUCUCUCUCUCUCUCUCCAUGGCUCCCUCUCUAUGGCUCUCUCUCUCCAUAGCUCUCCCACUCCAUCUCAAUUUCGGUAACUGUGGUUCAAGCCACUAUGUUGCUGGGGAAAACACUAGAAAAUCACCUCAGAGAUGCCAAAAA